UUUUGGACUUCCUGCUUGGUCAAUUCUUGUCUCGUCUUCAUUCGCCGCACUGACAAUGCUUCUCAGUCGAGCCGGGCGACUGUCUCCGCGCCUUUGCUCCAGCUACAUCGAGAUCUCGAACUAUGUCCGCAGCAGACAAACGGCCUUGCGCUCCGGAGUGUAUGGCAGCGUCAUACCGAGGAAAGCCUUCCACGCGCGGUCGCAUUUGCUCGAGGAGGCUCCGACUCGCCUAGAGCCGCGCCAAUUUCUGGAGCAGUACAAGGCAUCCGUUGAAUUCCCGUCUGCCACCUAUGACUUCGAGACCUUUCUGUCGCAAGCCGCUCCGGACCAAGAAGUAGUCCUACAUGGAUACCUGGGUGAUCGCAAGGACUUAUCCAAGAAGCUCGCCUUCGUGCGCCUGACGGACCCGACCAUGAGACACAGCAUCCAGCUGGUAUCACUCGCCAAAAGCGGUUCCUUGGAGAAGCUCAAGUCGGUCCGCCCGAACAGCCCUGUCGCAGUCCGCGGGAAAGUGCAGCAGAAGCAGUCCAAGGGGUCAGAGAUGGAGAAGACCGAUCCGUGGGAACUGCAGCUGGAAGAAGUCUACCCGUUGAACGAGUUUCCGAAAGAUAUCCUCAUGAAGUCGGACACCGUCUUCGCGCCAAAGCACCGAUAUCUGCAAUUGCGGGCUGAUGCGGAAUUGCGUGAAGCGCUGCGAUUCCGUGCUCAAGUACACAACAUCUGCAAGGAGGAGUUGGAACAGUGUCGUCCGCCGUUCGUCGAAAUCGAGACUCCUCUGCUGUUCAAGUCCACGCCUGAAGGUGCUCGAGAAUUCUUAGUGCCGACCCGGAAGCAGGGACUGGCUUAUGCUUUGCCUCAGAGUCCGCAGCAAUACAAGCAGAUCCUUAUGGCUAGCGGGAUCCCGCGGUACUAUCAGUUUGCGCGCUGCUUCCGUGACGAAGAUCUUCGUGCCGACAGACAGCCGGAGUUUACUCAGCUCGAUCUGGAAAUGUCUUUCGCUACUGGAGAUGAUGUUAUGCGCACGAUCGAAGGUGUCAUUCGCCGACUCUGGUCAAGCCUGAUGAAAGACCCUGCUCCUGAGGGACCCUUCCGAAAAGUGUCUUACGAGGAGGUCAUGGGUCGCUACGGCUCAGACAAGCCCGACACUCGAUAUGGCAUGGAGAUCUCACGCAUUGGCCACCUCCUGCCCGUCGACCUCGUCAACAAGAUCACUCCACUACUUGAUCCGAUCGUCGAGGUCUUCAAGGUCGAAAACAAUGAGAACGACCCCGCCGCCAUGGCCCAGUUCAUCAAAGAAUUCCUCGACUCACCCGCCGGCGCGCCAUUCAAUGACAACCCCGAAGGCGGUCCGGGUGUCUUCGUGUACGACGCAAAGAAACCCCUCUGCGGACUACAGCCCUUCGGCUUCGAGGCUGCCGAAUACAUGGAGGAGCUCCUCGACCUCGACCACGGCGAUCUGAUCAUCAUCCAAGCGCGCGAACAAGCCCCCUUCUCCGGCGGCUCUACCCCCAUCGGCGACCUCCGUCGUGCGCUGCACUCCGCAGCUGUCACCUCCGGGUUCAAACCCGCGCCCACCGGCUUCGACUUCCUCUGGGUCGUGGACUUCCCGCUCUUCUCGCCAUCCAGCGACUCCGAGCCCGGCCAAGGCGGCGCCGCCGGUAUCUCAUCGACGCACCACCCUUUCACGGCGCCCAAGAACGCCGCCGACGUCGACCUCCUGCUCUCGGAUCCCACGAAGGUCGUCGCAGACCACUACGACCUUGUAGUCAACGGCGUUGAGCUCGGCGGCGGCAGUCGACGUAUUCACGACGCCGCCGUGCAGGAGUUCAUCCUGCGCGACAUUCUGCAAAUGCCGGCCGAGCGACUCGCUGACUUUGCACAUCUCCUGGAGGCGCUUCGCGCGGGGUGUCCGCCGCAUGCCGGUCUGGCUCUCGGAUUCGAUCGUCUCGUUGCCGUCAUGCUCGGUAAGGAGUCUGUGCGUGAUGUGAUCGCGUUCCCGAAGAUGGGGAAGGGUGGCGAAGAUCCGAUGGUCAAGGCUCCUAGUCCGAUGACGGAGGAGGCCUUGAACACGUAUCAUCUUCGCAUGAAGGAAUAAGCGAUGCCGUAGAGAAGAGUGCGGCAAUGUGGAAGGGGGAGAAACGUGUAC